AUGAAAUAUAUAUUUUUAGGAUUAUUGUCAUUAGUUUUAUUUUUCACAGUGGCCAAUGCCAAGUGUGAAUUUUAUCCAUGUCCACCAGCACCAACCGAGGAUUUCUGUAAUACACAUGGAGGUAAUUUCUAUCCGAUAAACGAAGUCAUGGGAAGAUGUUGUAAUGAAUGUCUUUGUGAUCCCGCUCAUGACUGUCCAUAUGUCAACUACGAUCAAUGUUGGCUCACUGGUGGUGUCUUUGUAAAAGUCAAUUACACUGCUGGAAUCUGUUGUGAGUAUUGUGAUUACUCAAAGCUCUGUGAAACUGUCAGAUGUGCUGCAGUUGAUCCAACCAAGUGUAAAAUUGAAGGUGGUAUCUAUCACCCAGCUGAUCCAGUUAAUGGUUUCUGUUGUCCAACUUGUUACAAAAAGGAUCCAUGUAAAGGAGUGAUUUGUAAUGUAGUUGAUCCAGAUAAAUGUAAAGCCAAUGGUGGUGUUUUCGUUCCAAGUGAUCCAUUGAAUGGUAAUUGUUGUGAUGUUUGUAAUUACACCAUUCCAAAUCCAUGCAAAGGUGUACUCUGUGAUUUUGUUGAUCCAACAAAAUGUAGAUUGAAUGGAGGAAUUUACUACCCAGCUGAUCCUGCAAAUGGUCGUUGUUGUGCCGAUUGUAAAUAUCCAUGCAAAGGUGAAGAAUGUCCAUUCGUCGAUGAAUACAAAUGUUUAAUGGAAGGUGGUGUUUACGAACCAGCCACACCUCCAGAAGUAUGUUGUGCCAACUGUAACUUUACCAAUCCAUGUCAAACCAACAUCAAAUGUCCACCAGUCGAUCCAAAUAAAUGUAAGGAACAACAAGGUACUUACACUUUACCAGAUCCAGCAAAUGGAGUGUGCUGUGCAAACUGUACUUUCCCAUGCAAAGAUAUUAAAUGUCCACCAGUUGAUGCUGAUAAAUGUAAAGCAAAUGGAGGUCAAUAUGUUCCAGCUGAUGUUUUCAAUGGUAUCUGUUGUCCAAAGUGUAACUACACUGAUCCAUGCAGAGGUGUUGAAUGUCCAUACGUUGAUGAAGUUAAAUGCAGAUAUGAAGGUGGUGUAUACAUUGGUGCCGAUCCAUUAAAUGGAAGAUGCUGUGCUCGUUGUCCAUGCAAAGGUGUUGAAUGCCCAACCAUUGACCAAGCUUAUUUAGAUAAAUGUAAGGCAAAAGGAGGUGUAUUCACACCUGCUGAUCCAAUUAAUGGUGUAUGUUGUGGUAAUUGUACUCUACCAUGCGAAGGCGUUCAAUGUCCAAAUGUUGAUCCUGAAAAGUGUAAACUCUCAGGAGGUGUAUACACUCCAGCUGAUCCAGCAAAUGGAAAAUGUUGUGCCAACUGUACUUACAAUCCAAAUCCUUGUACUGACGUGAUUUGCCCAUUCGUUGAUGCUAAAAAGUGUAUUGCUAAUGGUGGUACAUUCAUUCCAAGUGAUCCAGCCAAUGGACGUUGUUGUGAUAGAUGUUGGAAUCCAUGUGAUCAAGUACUUUGCCCAAUCGUUGUUUCGGAAGAAAAAUGUAAAGCAAACAAUGGUACAUACACACCUGCCAACCCAGCUGCCGGUAUCUGUUGCCCAAGCUGUAUCCUCCCACCCAAUCCAUGUGAACAUAUCGUUUGUCCAGUCGUAAGUCCAAAGAAAUGUAUUAUUUCUGGUGGUCAAUAUAUUCCUGCAAAUCCAAGUAUUGGUAGAUGUUGUGCUUCAUGUAACUACACCAUCUCUGAUCCAUGUUUCGGAGUAUUGUGUCCAAUCGUUGUAACCGAAGAAAAAUGUAAAGCAAAUGGUGGUACCUACACACCAGCUGAUCCAGCUAAUGGAAUUUGUUGUGCAUCUUGCAAAUUAAAUCCAAAUCCUUGUUUAGGAAUCGUGUGUCCACCAGUUAGUCAAAAGAAAUGUAUUUUAACUGGAGGUAUCUAUCAACCAGCCGACCCAUUGAAUGGUAAAUGUUGUGCAAAAUGUUUGUAUCCAAUUGAUCCAUGUGCAUUCAUUCCUUGCCCACCAGUCAAUCCACUUAAAUGUAUUUUCCAUGGUGGUAUCUUUGUUCCAAAGGACCCAGCAAAUGGUAUUUGUUGUGAUUCAUGUAAGAUGCCUUGCGAUGGAGUAGUUUGCCCAAUUGUAAGUCCAAAGAAAUGUAUUUUCACUGGUGGAAUUUAUCACGCUGCAGAUCCAGCAAAUGGUCUUUGUUGCCCAUGGUGUGAGUAUAAAUUGGAUCCAUGUUUUGGUGUAGUUUGCCCGUUCGUUGAUCAAAAGAAAUGUAUUGCAAAUGGUGGAGUAUUUGUUCCAGCUGAUCCUGCAAAUGGACGUUGCUGUGAUACUUGUAAGAAACCAAUUGACCCAUGUGAUGGAAUUCUUUGCCCUAUAGUCUUACCAGAGGAUAAAUGUAAAGCAAAUGGAGGUACUUACACACCAGCUAACCCAGCAGCUGGUAUCUGUUGUGCCAACUGUACAUUGCCAUGCCAAGGUAUUCAAUGCCCACCAGUAGACGGUCAUAAGUGUAUUGCCAAUGGUGGUACCUACAUCCCAGCUAAUCCAGCUGCUGGUAUCUGUUGUGAUUCAUGUAAGAUGCCAUGUGAUGGUGUUUCAUGUCCACCAGUUCUUUCUGCUGACGAAUGUAAGAUCCAAGGAGGAUAUUACACACCAGCUAACCCACAAGCAGGUAUCUGUUGUCCAAGCUGCAAGUUGCCAUGUGAAGGUAUCCAUUGCCCGACUAUAGAUGCUCACAAGUGUAUUGCCAAUGGUGGUACCUACAUCCCAGCUAACCCAGCAGCUGGUAUCUGUUGUGAUUCAUGUAAGAUGCCAUGUGAUGGUGUUGAAUGUCCACCAGUUCUCUCUCAAGACCAAUGUAAGAUCCAAGGUGGUAUCUAUACACCAGCUAACCCAGCAGCUGGUAUUUGUUGCCCCAACUGUACAUUGCCAUGCCAAGGUAUUCAAUGCCCACCAGUAGACGGUCAUAAGUGUAUUGCCAAUGGUGGUACUUACAUCCCAGCUAACCCAGCUGCUGGUAUCUGUUGUGAUUCAUGUAAGAUGCCAUGUGAUGGUGUUGCAUGUCCACCAGUUCCCUCUGCAGAUGAAUGUAAGAUCCAAGGUGGUGUCUAUACACCAGCUAACCCAGCAUUGGGUAUCUGUUGCCCAUCAUGUAACAUAACAACUGUUAAUCCAUGUGCAGACGUUGCAUGUCCACCAGUUCUCUCUCAAGAUCAAUGUAAGAUUCAAGGUGGUGUUUAUACACCAGCUAAUCCAGCAGCAGGUGUCUGUUGCCCAAGCUGUAAACUUCCAUGCGACUCCGUUCAAUGUCCAUACGUAGAUGCCGAUAAAUGUAAAGCCAAUGGUGGUGUUUACACUCCAGCUAACCCAGCAGCUGGUAUCUGUUGUCCAUCAUGUAACUACACCAGCAAUCCUUGCCAAGGCGUAGAAUGUCCAUUCGUUGAUCCAGAAAAGUGUCAUGCUGAGAAUGGAGUGUACGUUAAUGCUGAUCCAGCAAAUGGACUGUGUUGCCCAUACUGUCGUAGAAACGAUUCAUGUUGUUACGAAAUCCAAUGUCCAUACAUUGACUUCAAGUUGUGUCAAGAAUCCGGUGGUAUCUUUGUACCAAAUGACAUCUAUGAACACCGUUGUUGUGAUACUUGUUACAACCCAUGCAAAUAUGUCAAGUGUCUCUAUGUCACACCAGAGAGUUGCAAGAAACAAGGAUUAGUAUACUCACCAGCCAACUCACCAUUAAAGUGUUGUCCAACCUGUGAAAAACCAGAUAUCGCUACUCCAACCACUAAAGUUCCAAUUGCCUAA